AUGCGAGAGACUCCUUGUCCUCCUGAUUUGCCCCCCGGCUCCAAGCCUGACGAUUGGUUAGGUGGGCUGCUUGUCAGACCAAAGUCUGGUUUUGAUUGGUCGAGUUCCGAGCGGGGCUCCGAGCUCCAGGCCCAUGGGUCCCGGCACAGCGCUCCAGCAGGCAACAUGGCUGUCCUUGGAGUGCAGCUGGUGGUGACGUUGCUCACCGCCACCCUCAUGCAUAGGCUUGCGCCUCACUGCUCCUUCGCGCGCUGGCUGCUCUGCAAUGGCAGUCUCUUCCGAUACAAGCACCCAUCCGAGGAAGAGCUUCGGGCCCUGGCGGGGAAGCAGAGGCCCAGAGGCAGGAAGGAGCGGUGGGCCAAUGGCUAUAGUGAGGAGAAGCCGUUAUCCGUGCCCCGUGACACCCCUUUCCAGCUAGAGACCUGUCCCCUCACAGCCGUUGAUGCCCUCGUCCUGCGCUUCUUCCUGGAGUACCAGUGGUUUGUGGACUUCGCGGUGUACUCGGGUGGCGUGUACCUCUUCACAGAGGCCUACUACUAUGUGCUGGGCCCGGCCAAGGAGACCAACAUCGCUGUGUUCUGGUGCCUGCUCACCAUCGCCUUCUCUAUCAAGGUGUUCCUGACCGUGACCCGGCUGUACUUCAGUGCAGAGGAGGGGGGCGAGCGCUCAGUCUGCCUCACCUUCGCGUUCCUCUUCCUCCUCCUGGCCAUGUUGGUGCAGGUGGUGCCGGAGGAGACCCUUGAGCUGGGCCUGGAGCCAGGCCUGGCCAGUAUGACCCAGAACUUGGAGCCACUUCUGAAGACACAGGGCUGGGACUGGGCUCUUCCUUUGGUCAAGCUGGCCAUCCGCGUGGGGCUGGCAGCAGUGGGCUCCAUGCUGGGUGCCUUCCUCACCUUCCCAGGCCUGCGGCUGGCCCAGACCCACCAUGAUGCACUGACCAUGUCGGAAGACCGGCCCAUGCUGCAGUUCCUUCUGCACACCAGCUUCCUGUCCCCCCUGUUUGUCCUGUGGCUCUGGACCAAGCCCAUGGCGCGGGACUUCCUGCACCAGGCUCCCUUUGGGAGCACGUCCUCUUCUCUGCUGUCCGACUCGGCCUUCGACUCGCUGCGUCUCUGGAUGCUGGUGGCACUGUGCCUGCUGCGGCUGGCGGUGACCCGGCCCCACCUGCAGGCCUACCUGUGCCUGGCCAAGGCUCGAGUGGAGCAGCUGCGGCGGGAGGCCGGCCGCAUCGAGGCCCGAGAGAUCCAACGGCGGGUGGUGCGGGUGUACUGCUACGUGACAGUUGUGAGCCUGCAGUACCUGACUCCUCUCAUCCUCACACUCAACUGCACGCUGCUGCUCAAGACGCUGGGCGGCUACUCCUGGGGCCUGGGUCCCGUCCCCCCGCUGUCCCCCACCCCGUCCUCAGCCCUCGAUGGCCCAGUCGGCCCCGAGGAGGACGAGGCCCGGCAGACCGUGGCCCUGAUCGCCGGGGUCCUGGGCAGCCUGCUCACGCCACUCUUCCUCCGCGGCGUCCUCGCCUUCCUCAUCUGGUGGAUCGCCACCUGCCAAUUGCUCUCCAGCCUCUUCGGCCUGUACUUCCACCAGCAUCUGGCGGGCUCCUAGCCCGCCUGCAGACACUCCUGCAGCCCCAAGGUCUGGUCCUGGGCCAGCGGGGCGCGGGCCACCCCCUCAGUGUCCCCAGGUGCAAUGUGGUCCUGGGAGUCCCAGAUGCGUCCGCUGUGCCAGUCCCCUUCACUGCAUGCCUGAGCCAUGGCCACGCCUUGGACCCUCAGCUUCUGCCUAGAAACUGAUUCCCCAGGCCCAGCGGCAGAGGGUCCCACGGCCAGCCAUUGUUCCCAGAUUGCAUGUGCCCAGUUUGACUGCAGUGGAGGUGGGCGUGGGGGUGGGAGGGGGCACUCUUCUGAACAAAUAAAGGAGCAAGCCAAUUUUUAAAAAAAUUAAUUUAUUUAUUUUGGGCUGCUUUCGUUCUUUGUUACUGCGCACGGGCUUUCUCCAGUUGUGGCGAGAAGGGGCUACUCUUGGUUGUGGUGUGUGGGCUUCUCAUUGUGGUGGUUUCUCUUGUUGCAGAGCAUGGGCUCUAGGCACGCGGGCUUCAGUAGUUGUGGCUCACGGGCUCUAGAGUGCAGGCUCAAUAGUUGUGUCACACGGACUUAGUUGCUCUGCGGCAUGUGGGAUCUUCUGGGACCAGGGCUCGAACCGGUGUCCCCUGUAUUGGCAGGCGGAUUCUUCAUCACUGCGCCACCAGGAAAGCCCGAGCAAGCUGCUUUUUACAAAAAGGAUCCAGACGGUUUGGGAAGGGGCUUUCUGCAUGCUGUCAGGUUAAGUGGUGCAGGCUGGGUGGGGAGUCUGGGGCUUCAGUGCUGAAAGAAGGGAAUGAUGGAGGGACAGCAUAGCAAAGGCCUGGGAGGAAGAAACAAAGAGAGAAUGAAAGGGGGUGAGAAGAAAUGGACCAAGUGUGAGAAAUGGGGGGAGAGGGAGGUGGGUGAGCCCAUGGUACUGGGCAGGGGGCCAUGGGGGAUACCGCCCUCCUCCACAAGUACAGGGGGACUGCCUUCUUAUCAAGGUCACACACAGCAAAUGGGCACAUUGUUGAGGCCGUGGUGACCCAGGAGAAGGAGGACGAGGGUCCAUCACCAACUGGCAUUUUCCUGUAGCUGUGGCCAUGCAGUGGGAAACCCAUGUGCGUGCACGUGUGUAUUCUAAUGUACGUGUUGUUAAAAUCCAACAGUACAUUUUAAAGAUCUUAUUGGCUUUAUAUAACAAUUCAUGAAUCGGGCUGCAUCCAAUCCAGCAGAUAGAAAGGAGUUCCGAGGAGCUGUAUAAAAGACUUUUGUAAGGCAGAAGGGAGUGGGAACAAGGAAGUUAUAUUAGCGAAAAGUGGACUUGUGGCAAGGUCCCUUUCCUUUAGGGGAUGGCAGCUGUCUAUCAGGUAGAUCACCUCACUCGUGCUGAUCAGGCAAUUUCUGAUUGACUGGUUUCAGAGUCCAUUUCUGGACGAGCUGAAACUGUAAGUCUCGGUUUGGUGACAUAAGCCUUAGCGUAAGUGACUCCAUUUUGAGCCCGUCUUGUUUUUUUCACAAUGUAAGCUAUGUAAUCUUUUAGCACAUGUAAAAUGUACAUUAAGAAUAAAAAUGACAAGGUGGGACUAACCUGGUGGUCCAGUGGUAAAGAAUCUGCCUACCAAUGCAGGGGACGUGAGUUCAAUCCCCGGUCGGGGGAACUAAGAUCCCGCAUGCUGCGGGGCAACUAAAUCUGCACGCCACAACUACUGAGCUCACGCGCCUCAACUAGAGAGCCGGCGUGCUGCAAACAACAGAGCCCACGUGCCCUGGAGCCUGCAGGCCACAACUAGAGAGAAGCCCACGCACUGCAACGAAGAGCCCGCGUGCUGCAGUGAAAGAUCCUGCAUGCCUCAACAAGAUACAGAGUGCUGCAACUAGGACCCGAUGCAGCCAAACAAAUAAAUUAAUAAAUAAAUAUUAAAAAAAAAAAAGACUAAAGAAGACAAAGCAAAGCCAUUUCCCUCACCAGGGUGGAAGCCAAGGGCCUAAGUGAUGGUGUGGGACCCAGCAUAGCUGCCCAGCCAACGUGGCGAGUGUGACCCACCUCGGGGCCUUGCACUUUGCUGCAGGCUCCCUCACCUGUGUGUGUCACCUGAGGGGAGAAGCGCCCUCACCAACCUCUCCUCCCAAGCCCAGCUGCCCCACUGAUUUGCUACACAUCUCGUACAAGAACAAGCAACAGGGAGCAUGAUUUCACUUAGGGAAGUGAGGUUAUAACCAGACACCCGAAGAAAGUGCUGACAUGUGGGGCGGGGGGAGCUGGGAAUGCUGUUGUCCUGGCCCCUAGACGGGUGUUUGACUUUUGAAACUCUGUGCUUCUGUUGCAUGGAUAAAAAUGAAAAGUGUGUUAAACACAAGGCUUAAAGCGAACUAAAUGCAUCCUCUCAUGUUGAUCCUUCUCAAAACGCUAGUAAAAGUAUAGAGGCUACAGAACAUUCCGAAGGUGGGAAUUAAGAGAGGAGCCACAAUUGACUGCCUGGUCCAUGGAAGGCAAACACAAAGCCCAGCCAGAUUUACCUGUAGAACCUUCCAUAGGCACUGAGUGCACCAGGUCCCACUGGGCUGGGCUGAAGAUGGCAGUGGAUUAUGGAGGCCUCUGGUGUGGAAGCUGUUUGGGAAGUUCAGGUACUUGUGUCCCUCCCACAGUACCACUGGGCAGCCAGAAGGAGGGAAGCCAGGCUUGGUAGGGGGUGUGGUGGCAAAUGGGGUUAAGUGAGUACACAUAAAGCUAAAUGGAGAGAGCCACUAUCCUUACCCUGUGUGCAGAUUACAGAAUCUUCCAGGCAUGAGACUGAAGACUCCUGGGGAAUCCAAAUGGCCAAAGAAGAAAGAGCUAAAGACACUGGCACAUGGAGUUCUCAUCAGCCGCCAGUUGAGCUGUGUCCCCCAACCCAGUGCUUCCUGAGUACCACAUGGUCCAUCCCGACUGACGUCCCCAAAGGGACAAGUGUGUCCCUUUGUGCACAGGAUCUCUCUGGAAGGAGACACAAGAAGCUGGUAAUGGGAGACAUCCCGCAAAGGGAACUGGGAGGUAGACCUACUUUUCAUGGUAAACUCUGUGCAGUUUGCACUUUCUAGCCAAUCAUUUAACAGUCCAAACAGCAAUUACAUUAAAAAAAAAGUUUAUUCAAAAAUCUGUCGAUGGGGCUUCCCUGGUAGUGCAGUGGUUAAGAAUCCGCCUGCCAACACAGGGGACACGGGUUUGAGCCCUGGUCCGGGAAGAUCCCACAUGCCGUGGAGCAACUAAGCCUGUGUGCCACAACUACUGAGCCUGCGUGCUGCAACUACUGAAGCCCACGUGCCGCAACUACUGAAGCCCACGUGCCUAGAGCCCGCGCACCGCAACGAAGAGUAGCCCCCACUUGCUGCAACUAGGGAAAGCCCACGCGAAGCAACAAAGACCCAACACAGCCAAAAAUAAAUAAAUUAAAUAAAUUAAUUAAAAAAAAAAUCUGUCGAAAUAACUUCAACCCUGUUUUUGGUUCAUGGGGGGUGAGGGCCAGAGCCGAAGAAGAGACAUGGGCAGGAGAAAAAGUCAUUUUAAUUUUUAUUAAAUAUA